AAAUGCCUUGCAAGUACGGAAUCGAAUGCGGACAGACAAAGUGCCGUUAUUCGCACCCUUCUCCAGCUAACUUAAUUACACCUUGCAAGUUUUACCCAAAUUGUAAGAAUCCGGUAUGCCCAUAUCUACACAUGGACUAUAGUAAUGAACCUGUCGCAAAAGUCCCGACUCCUUGCCGUAACGGUAAUCUUUGCACACGGACCAACUGUCUUUUCAUGCAUCCAUGGGACAUGGAAAUGGAUGCGAAUAUUCCAUGCAAAUAUGGAUAUGAAUGUCGGAGACCUGAUUGUGCAUACUCGCACCCGAUGGGUAAAAAAGAUCACAACCAACCCGUGUCCGACCGUACGUUUGUUUCCGUCCCUGAUGAACUUACCGAAAAAGUUUAUGUAGCUCAGGAUAAUCAGGUAGAGUCUUUGCAGGAUGAGAAAUCCGAUAUAAAUAAUGGGACACUCUUAGAACAGAAAACAAAGGAAGGCGAAAGUAAUACAUCAAACAGUGACGAUAGUAAAGAUCAGAAGGAGGUAGAACCAAUUGAUGAAGGUUUCAAUUUGGAGGAGGAUUUGGAGGAUUUGGAAGAUAUUAAUUUCAUAUUAGAUGAUGUUGAUCAUGGAGAAGUUGUUACUGAUGUUUAA